UGCUGAAACUUCCAUGCAACUUGCAAAACGCAACGAAAGAAAUAGCCAGUCUCGGUUAUCCGACGAAGUAGGUUCCAUUGGGCGAAAAGACAAAACAACGUUGAAAAUUUGAUGAAUUAAUCACUGAUAAUAUUUGCAAACAUUUCAACAUGGCAAGAGCACCGUCCGUCUGGUUUCAUUACGAUGACCACUUCCCCGGCGACAUCAUCCACCAGAGCGUCUUAAUCCCCCACGACGGCGUGACCUUGGACACCUACUACUGCUGCAUGCAAUGGAACACCGGCGGCGAGGGUGGCGGAUACUGCGGGCUACAGGACCAUCCAAAUGGCAGAGCUCUCAUCUACUCCGUGUGGGACCCAAUCCAGUCCACCCUUCCCAUCAAGCCGGCGUUCACCGGGAUCUGGACAGAGACGCAAAGGUUCGGUAGUGAAGGAACUGGUUUAAAAAGUAUGAACUUUGCGAUUGGCUGGCAGCCGGACCAAUGGUAUACCCUUGUAAGUCGGGUUUGGAACUACGGUAGCCAUAGUAACUUUGGUUUCUGGAUCUAUGACGAGACGGACAAGCAGUGGACCCACGUCCUCACCGUCGACUUUCCUGUGAAGUCUGUGAUGUUCAACACCAGCACAGGAAGCUUUGUGGAAGAUUGGGCAGGGACGGGAGACAGCAUGAGAAAAGCCUUUUUACGUGACGGCUUCAAAAGAAAAUCAGACGGCACGUGGUUCCCCUUUGCCUCGGGGAAGUUUGACGUCGUCAGGGGCACCGGCACCGCGAACCACAGCGACAACUACGACGCCGGUAGAAUCCAGGACCGGUACUAUUUGGUAAGUGGGGGCACCACACAACCUACCCAAGGCCUUGGCACCUCGAAGAGGUUCGAUGUCCAAACGCACCUGGAACCGACGGAAAAACCUAUCGACUUCACCAUAACCACAGCUACGCCGAAGCUGGUGACGUGGUCAGUGCCUGUUUCUUCAACUCCACAGUUCAAAUACACCAUCAACCUCGGUAGUCAUCUCGUGGCCAUGGAUAUCACGACAGAGGUCAGGUCACACGUGCUGUCGGGGGCUAACGUUGGAGACACAGUCACCGUCAUCUUGGAGGACAUACUUGGGAGGAUAACAACAAAAAAGGCCACAGUCACUGACGAAGAUUGA